AUGGAUAUACGAAAUCACUGGUUUGGCAGUCGAGUUGUGGACGAUUGGAACAAACUUCCAAGUAACGUCUUUGAAGUGAGAACUUUUGCGGACCCAAGAGUUGAGUUGUUCAUCACCCACGGUGGUCUACUGAGCACACAGGAGUCUAUAUGUCAUGGAAAGCCCCUCAUCGCUCUCCCAGUCUUAGCAGACCAGCCAAGGAACGCUAAGAUGAUUGUCAAUCGUGGGUUGGGUCUCGCUUUGGAGUGGGAGGAACUCACAGUGAAACUUCUAGUGGAGACCAUCAAAGAGGUGCUUACCAAUCCCAAGUACAAGCGUAACAUUGAGGCGGCGUCGAGGGUGGACCGGGACCGUCCUCAAGAGCCUCUGGAGACGGCAGUUUUCUGGACCGAGUAUGUGGCUCGUCAUCGUGGAGCUCCGCGUCUCAGGUCCCCGGCAGCUGACCUCUCCUGGACGGAGUUCCUCAUGCUGGAUGUCGUGGCUGUCGUUCACAUGGCAGUAUUGGUCGUCUUUCUAGUUCUGCGCAGGCUACUGUCGUCUCUCUACAGCCAGCUGUUCACCUGGCAUUACAAGACAAAAACAGAUUAGAAAAAUAUGCUUGCAGCCUUACUGCCGCUUGUGAUACUCAACCUAGAAGAAUUGUUUAUUGAAAACUUUAUUAUAUUUAUAGGAAAGUGCUAAGCCCAUAGAGCUAAUGCUGCGCCUUAAGCGAUACUUAAUGAGGUUUUGAUCACAGGAAGAGCUUUCAAAAGAAAAGGUUCAUUAAGAAUCUCUCAAAAUGAGCAGUCAUUUGUUUAAAAUUCUUAAAUGUGAUAAUAAGCCAACAUAAAAAAAUAAAACUAGACCACGUGAAAG